AUGUCUAAUUCCUCUAGCUCUGAAUCAUGCAACCCUAAUAGGGAAGAUCCUGUGUCUGACUCUGCAAAUACCUCACAUGCAAGAAGACCUAAAGAAACUGUCUUAGGCUUCUCCUCAGCACUCGCACUUGAUGAACAAACCAGAGAAGGCCUCAGGUAUGUUCACAAUGCCAUUGCAACUAUGGUAACUGGAAUUUUGUCUGGUAAUCAUAAGGUUCUUGGGGUCUCAGUUCCCUUAAACACGAUUGUACCGGAAAAUGUUGCUUGUCAAGAAAAUACAGUUUCCUUAGGAAAGAAUGUGUCUGAUGAUGCUGAGCAAACUGAUGCUCAUGAGGGGUCAAAUAUUGACAAACCCUUAGAGAAUGUGGGUAGUGAAGAAGUCCGUGCCACUCAUGAUGUCAGUGACAACCCUAACUGUGAAGCUAAAACAGUUAACCUGGAGGAAUUUUCGGAUGAUGAGCUUGUGAAAAGGUGGAAGUAUGUUUACCACAAGAGGCUGGCUUUGGAAAGGGAACUGGCUCAGAAUGUCCUGGAAUGUAAGGAGAUUGUAGACCUUAUUCAAGAGGCAGGGUUAAUGAAGACUGUGACUCAGCUCUCAAAGUGCUAUGAGAUAUUGGUAAAGGAGUUUAUUGUCAAUGUGUCUGAAGAAUGUGCUGAUGGAAAGUCUAGGGAAUUCAGAAAAGUAUAUGUGCGAGGCAAGUGUGUGAACUUCUCUCCCUCAAUAAUCAACAUGUAUUUGGGAAGAUCUGAGGUAGCUCAACCUGAGCUUGAAGUGACUGACAACAAAAUCUAUCAAGUCAUCACUGCUAAUCAAGUCAGGAAGUGGCCUCUAAAAGGUAAGUUGGUGGCCAGCAAACUAAGUGUCAAGUAUGCUAUGCUGCACAAAAUUGGAGCUGCUAACUGGGUGCCCACCAAUCACAAAUCUAUAGUGGCUGUAAUGCUUGGGAAGUUCAUUUAUGCUGCUGGAACCAAAGCCAAGUUUGACUAUGGAACCUACAUUUUUUAUCAAACCAUGAAACAUGCAGGAAGCUUCAGUGUGAAGGGACUUAUAGCCUUUCCUUCCUUCAUUUGUGGUAUUGUGUUGAAUCAAUUUCCAAACAUACUAACAGAGAAUGAUUUUGUGAAAAGAAGAGAGAGCCGUUUGGCCUUCAACCAUAAACUGUUCCUAGGUAAGCAUGUUCGUGACAUUGCCAUGACAACAGGAGAGACAUCAAGUGUUUGCAAUCAAUCAGGUAAAGUUGUUGUCAUUGAAAUACUCAAACAAACGUGCAAGGAGUUGGAGGCAAGGAAGCUCACUUUGGAAAAUUUGAUUAUCAAAUUGGAGAUGACUGAAGGUGAUGUGCUUGGUGAAACUGCUGAUGCUGCAGAAGGAGCUGCAAGACAAAGUGCAGAGGGUGAAGAGGAUGCCAGUCCUGAUGAUGACACUGAUAUUGAUGCUGACUCUGAGUCAGAUGAAUAG